CCGCUCUCCCCUUUGCCGCUGGCUUUGUCUCACUGCAAGCUAGUACCAUGUGUUCAGUUUGUCUAUCGCUCGGCUGGGCUGUAUUAUCUGCAAACCCCUUCGAUCAGGGGCAUGUCAGUCGCUCCGCAGCCAUCUCAAAAUGAGCGCACCGCAAUGAGUGGACCUGAUAAUCUACCAAUCAGUCGGCCUCGUCCUUGAGGCGUUGGAACAUGCCAUUAAAUUUGAUCGAACAAACCUCGUGCUAGACUCGGAAAGCCUCAGUCCCGUAACCUGCCAGACGACUCUCCGCAAAGCAUCCAAUACGAUUCAGCACACUCGUGAACCAAAUAACAAUAAAUGCAUUAGUGCCAUGCAAAACACAAUGGUGAGGUGUAUGACAAUCUCAACGCGAUCACUAGCGCAAUCCGCGAGGAAGCUCUGCGCUGGGUAUUAUGGGUGGUCAGAUGCGAUAUCUCCACUAGCUUCCUGGACGAGAUCUAUAAGCAUUCUAAGUAGAGGAGCAGUAGUUUUGGCAUUGAGAAUUUUC